CUAUCCGACGAUAUUUCGAUCAACAAAUAUAACCGUUGCGGUCGUCGGUAUUCCGUCAGAAAAUACCGACGAAUUUCUGACGGACUAUGUGACCGUUGCCGACAAAUCCAUAUGACCGUUUUAUAGCCGUUUGAAAUUUGUAAAUACCGACGGAAUUCCGACGCACUACUUUAUGUCCGUCGGAAUUCCGUCAGAAAGUCGUCGGAAAGCCGUAACCAAUUUUCUAUAAAUUCAACCCCUCCUCAUUUCAACUCUUCACUCCUCAUUCUCUCUUCAUUCUCUUUGAUCAUAACAAUUCCGUAAAAAUCAUGUCUUCAGGAGGUUAUUAUCGUUCAUGGAUGGAUAAACCUCAUUUGGAUCCCAACACCAAAUUGCUUACGGAAGAAUACGUUCAAGGGAUUAAAGAAUUCAUGAGGCUUGUUCAACAACAACCAGAUGCAAAAAAUGGUAUGUUAAGAUGUCCCUGCUCUAGUUGCAAUAAUAAUAAAGUUAUAGAAGAAUUUAAUGUUUGGACUCAUUUGUAUAUGAAAGGGUUUUCACGUAAUUAUAAAGUUUGGUAUCUUCAUGGGGAAACUGGUUAUGAAUAUGGUAGUACUAGCGAACCUCAGCCUAUUAGUGAAUUUCAGCCGGAUAUUAGGUUAGAAGAAUCUAGAACGGAUAUAGAUUAUGGUGUAGGUACUGAGCAGAUGGUACAUGAUCAUUAUAGAGGGGAAGAACCAAAUCCCGAAUCUAGGAGAUUUUUUGACAUGUUGGAUGCAGGAAAACAACCUUUGUAUCAAAAUUGUAGAGAUGGUCAUUCAGCCUUAUCAUCUGCAACUAGAUUAAUGGGUAUUAAGACAGACUAUAAUUUGGCUGAAGAAUGUAUGGAUGCGAUUACUGAUUUUGUCAAAGGCAUUCUACCUGAGGAUAAUGUUGCACCGGGUUCAUACUACGAAGUUCAGAAACUGGUUGCCGGUCUUCAACUACCGUACGAAGUGAUAGAUGUAUGUAUUGACAACUGCAUGAUCUACUGGAGAGCGGAUGAGACACGGAAUGAAUGCAAAUUUUGUGGGAAACCUCGUUUCCAGGAGACGAGGGGAAGAGUUCCGAUCCCGUUCAAAAGAAUGUGGUAUUUGCCAUUGACGGAAAGAUUGAAGAGGUUGUAUCAGUGUGAGCGCACAGCAAAAGCAAUGAGAUGGCAUGCAGAGCAUUCCACAAAUGGUGAGAUUAGACAUCCUUCAGAUGCGAAGGCUUGGAAACAUUUCCAGUCAAUAUAUCAAGAAUUUGCAGAAGAGAGAAGAAAUGUUUAUCUUGGAUUAUCUACUGAUGGUUUCAGCCCAUUUGGAAAGCAUGGAAGACAGUAUUCUCUUUGGCCAGUUAUUGUGACACCGUACAACCUACCGCCGAGCUUGUGCAUGCGACGAGAGUUUUUGUUCCUCUCAAUUCUCGUCCCCGGGCCAGAGCAUCCUAAAAGAUCACUAGAUGUGUUUCUUCAACCACUGAUAUAUGAGUUGCAACAACUAUGGGCGCAUGGUUUUGAGACAUACGAUGUUUCGUGCAAAGAAAACUUUCAUAUGCGGGCAGUACUUAUGUGGACAAUAAGUGACUUUCCAGCAUAUGGUAUGUUAUCUGGAUGGACAACACAUGGGAGACUAUCAUGUCCAUAUUGUCAAGAUGACACAGCUGCUUUCCAACUAAAGAACGGAAGGAAAACGUGUUGGUUUGACUGUCACAGGCGAUUUCUACCACCUGAUCAUCCAUACCGCAGGAGUAGGAAUGCAUUUACGAAGAACAAGCAGGUGUUUGAUGGUCCACCUGUGGAAGUUAGUGGGGAAGAUUUGUUGAAGCAGUUUAGGUAUUUUGAUGCAGAAAGGACGCCAGAUGUAGGUGGACAUGAAAACAUUCGAGUCAGUGCGGUUGGAGAGCUACAUAACUGGCACAAAAAGAGUAUUUUCUGGGAUCUGCCAUAUUGGGAAAGUCAUCUAUUGCGGCAUAAUUUAGAUGUCAUGCAUAUUGAGAAGAACUUCUUCGACAAUCUGAUGAACACAGUCUUUAACAUCCAAGGUAAAACGAAGGAUAACUUGAAGUCAAGGUUGGAUUUAGUCGAUAUUUGUGAUCGUCCUGAACUUCAUGUGGAUGAGAAUGGUACGGCCCCUUUUCCCAUUUAUCGUCUGGAUGGUGCUAGAAAAGAAGAGUUCUUUGAUUGGAUUACAGAUAAAGUGAAAUUUCCUGACGGAUAUGCAUCAAAUUUGGGGAAUUGCGUUGAUAGAAGCGAAGGAAAGUUUACUGGCUUGAAGAGUCAUGAUUGUCAUGUAAUUAUGCAGCGCCUCCUUCCGUUUGCUUUUUCAGCAUUAUUGCCACGUAAUGUUCAUGAAGCAAUUGCAGGGAUAAGUGUUUUCUUCCGCGAUUUAUGCAGCAGAGUAGUGACUGAAGAGGGUAUUAAUAAUUUGAAGACAAACGCACCAGUCAGCAUGUGCAACCUCGAGAAGAUAUUUCCUCCAUCAUUCUUUGAUGUUAUGGAACAUCUUGUUAUUCAUCUCGCAAGAGAAUUGGAACUUGGUGGUCCUGUGCAGUACAGAUGGAUGUAUAUUUUUGAGCGUUAUAUGCAUCAUCUGAAGAAAAUGGUCAAAAAUUUAAGCCGGGUGGAAGGAUCUAUAGUGGCACAGGUGAUCAAUGAAGAAACUGCAAUCUUUGCUGAAAAUUAUUUUCCACCAGAAGUGCAUACAAAACAUCGAAGACCUUCUCGGCACAAUGACAGAGGAGAGAGAGCAACAUAUCAUGUUACUGUCCCAAGCAUGUUCAAGGAAAUAGGACGACUUAGUGGAACAUUCACGAAGCGGAGACUUACGGACACUGAGCACGCUCAUUUGCAAACAUAUUUGCUCACCAACUGUGAAGAUGUUCUACAAUAUGAGAGUGUAUAUAUGGCGGAGUUGCGUAUGACUCACAGGCAUGCAACAGAACAUGAGCUUCAACAACUUAGAGAUAAUGGAUUUGCUGUGUGGCUUCGUAGUUAUGUGAGUCAUAUAAACAAAUGA